GUGACGUCAUCUACAUGCGCGAGUUGACGGGUUGGUGCCAAAUGUGUUUCAUCUACUGAAAGCUGCAGUUGUCUACCAACGUGAAAUGUAAAUAAUGGUCAAAAAUGACGGCUAAUGAUUCUUGCUCGUUGCAGACAGAUCCUUCAGAGAUGCAGGACUCAAAUCUGACCACUGAGAGCCGGUUAGAUGACUGUGAAAAUGCUCGUGUGCUCAGUCAAAAACAACGACGGGCAGUUCUUAAACGAGAGAGAAGGAAAAGAAAGCGUCAAGCACUUGCUAAAAUCAGAGAAGAAGAUCAGUCACAAAAUGAAGAAGACCAGGCUGAAGAUGAUGAUGAAGAAGAGAAGGCUGAGGAGCAGAGUGAGCGUUUACAUCAGGAAUGGAUGGAGAGAGAGAGAAUUGCACAGGAAGAAUUCAGACUGAAGAGUGAGAGAGAAGAGGCAGCGCAAAAGAGGAAGGAGGAGGAAGAGAUGAGGAUUAGAGACGAAUGGGAGGAGCAGCAGAAGAAAGAAAAAGAGGAGCGAGAGCAGAAGGAACAGAAGAAGAGAGAGAGAGAGGAAGCUGUGCAGAAAAUACUGGAUCAAGCAGAGAGUCAGCUGGAAAAUGGUGGUCCCUGGAAAAACCCUGAUGCCCCGAAGGAUCACGGAACAGAAAAGGACAAAGCAAACUGCCCCUUCUUCCUUAAAACGGGUGCUUGUAGGUUUGGGGACCGGUGCUCCCGUAAGCACGACCACCCAACAUGCAGCACCACUAUGAUGGUGAGGGGGAUGUUUGUGACAUUUGGAAUGGAGCAGAGUAGACGUGAUGACUAUGAUACUGAUGCCAGCCUGGAAUACAGCGAGGAGGAGGUGCACCAGCAGUUUCUGGACUUCUAUGAAGACGUUCUGCAAGAAUUCAAGAAUGCAGGGAGGGUGGUGCAGUUCAAGGUGAGCUGUAACUUCGAGCCCCACUUGAGAGGAAAUGUUUAUGUUCAGUAUGACACGGAGAAGCAGUGUAAUGAAGCUUUCAUGAUGUUUAAUGGCCGCUGGUACGCUGGAAAGCAGCUGCAGUGUGAAUUCUCCCCAGUAACUAGAUGGAAAACAGCCAUAUGUGGUCUAUUUGACAGACAGAAAUGUCCAAAAGGGAAACACUGCAACUUCCUCCACGUAUUCCGAAACCCAGGCAAUGAAUUCUGGGAAGCAGAUCGUGAUCUUCAUAUGUCCCCUGACCGUGGUGGAGGCUUUUCUGGCAGGCACUUUGGAAGCAGAGAUGGGACGUGGUCCCAGCGUUUGAUUAGUCCUGAGCGUUCUCAGCGCAGGAGGACGGAUCGAAGGAGUCACAGUCGUGAGAGGUAUAGUCACAGAGGUAGGCGGAGUUGCAGCAGGGAAAGGCGGAGCCACAGCAGAGGGAGACACAGUCGAACCUGGGAGAGGCGGAGUCGUAGCAGAAGCAGAGAGAGAAGGAAGUCACAACAGUCGGUGGUAAAACGACCUCGGAGAGAGCAAUCCAGAAGGAGCAGGAGCCGAUCCCAAAGCAGAGACAGGGACCGGCUGGAGCAUGGUGAAUAUACAUCAUCAGACUCAAGACAAAAGAGAUCAAAAUCACACAGUCCGGAUCAUGCAUCCAAAAAUGGGUCUGUGAAGCGGAGAGGUCAAAGGAAAGAAAGCAAAAGCCCAGUGAACUCUGACACAACAGACAGAUCUACAGCUCAACAUCACCAGAAGCACUCUAAAAAGACCAAGAAGAAGAAAAAGGGCAAAAAGAAACACAAAAGAAAGAAGAGUAAAUCACACACCCCGAGUUCCUCAGGGUCUGGUGAAGAUUCUGGGAAUGAGGAGGGUGAUGCGGCUCCAACUAAAUCGGAGAACAUGAGCACAGAGGCCCCUACUGGAGAUCGUGCAGCUGUGGAGUCUAGUGCAUGUUCACCGGAAGAUACAGUAGGGACCCAGGCUUUAGAAUGUUGUCAGCCACAAGUGGAAACCCAUUUUGUACUUGCGGACAUUACCAGCUCUGAGAACACCACACAAUCUGGAUAAAUACAGUAUAUACAUCAACUGUAUAUCUGUUUUCCUAAAGCAGCCAUUGUUUUAUAUUAAUUUGCAUAGCAAAAUGCUUUGAUAUUGCUGUAAUAAAUGCUGAUAGAUGUGU